AUGUCCGAGCCAGAGCUAGCCACCAAGGCACCAGAGUCAGAUGCAUUGGAACCAUCCCUGAUCUCAUCCACCGAUUCACCCGCACAGACUGGGCCUACCAUGGGAGAGCAUUGCGUUACGGACCGUCCGACACCGACCUCCAAUCGCCAGCCAUCCGGCGAGAUGACCAAGUUCGGCGACAUCGAGGUCUACGUUUCCAAACCAGGAGACUAUCCGAACUCGCCGGCAAAACUACUCCUGCUUUUGACAGCAGGGACCGGGGUACACUCGACCAACAACCAAAUACAGGCAGACCUACUCGCCACGGAGGGCUUCGUGGUUAUCAUGCCCGACCAAUUCGGUGGGGAUCCCGCGCCCAACACUAAAGCCAUCUCGUCAGAGGAAGAACCGCCCAGCCCGAAUAUCCUAGAACAGUUCAAGCUACGCGCCGCGGAGACGGCAAAGUCAUUCCUCGUUGACAUGUGGUUAGCCAGGCAGACGCCGGAGAAGGUCCUGCCAAUCCUCCUCAAGGUGAUUGAGACGGCAAGGGACGAGUACGCUGAUGCGUUGGCCCACGGCGGAGGCAUUUAUAGCGUCGGGUAUUGUUUUGGAGGGAAGUAUACCGUGCUCCUGGCCGGUGAGGAUCCUGGAUCGCUGCUGAAUGGGGGCCAGGCCGCAAAGGACGAGGAGGCCGGUGUGGUGAAGGAGCCUCUGAUCAAGGCGGGCGCGGUGGCACAUGCGACAUUAGUGACGAGAGAAGACUUGAAAGGUGUCAAGGUACCCCUGUCGUUCGUCUGCGUUGAGAACGACCCUUUGUUUCCUGACGAGAUCCUGGAGGAAGGCAAGAAGCAAUUUGCUGCAAGUAAUCUAGUACACGAGAUCAAGACCUAUCCUGGUGUCCCUCAUGGCUUUGCGGUCUAUGGUGACUACGAUUCGCCGACGAUUAAGGAAUCACAGCAGUCAGCCUUCCAACAGAUAUUGAGCUGGAUCCAGUCACAUUGA